AGCUCUAAAAAGCACACAUCUUCAAAAAAAUUCUAAACUCCAAAAAAAAAUGGCUAAGCUUAUUUUCUUGUGCUUUUUAUUAGCAAAUACUAUUCUAUGUCAUGUCAUGGCUACAACUACAAACAAACCUCAAAUUAGUGUCCAAUCUAUUUCAUCACCAUCUUCAAAUGCUCCUUCUCAAAGUCCCAUUAGUAGCCAAAGAACAAAUGAAAAAGAAUCCUCUAUUGGAAGGAAAUUUGGUAAGCACCAACAUGAUCAUAUUAUUACAGCACCAAGUCCUAGCCCUUUAGAAGGAAGUAUUCUUAGUCAUCAAAAAACCUCUAUUUUGGAUUCUCAAGGUCAUAUUCAUUUGGUGAAUCAUCAUCAUCAUCAUCCAUUUGAUAAGUCUAUGGCUGGUGGAGGAGUUAUUCUUGGAGGACUUGCCACAACAUUUUUGGUGGCUGUUUAUUGUUAUAUUAAAGCCACUUCAAAGCACAAUAAGUUAGAUAAUACUACUACUAGUACUUAGGGUUCUAAAGCCUUUUGCUUCUUUUCUUUUACCUUAUUUUCUUAUAAUAUGUACAAUAUAGUCCAAAUGAUUUUAUAUAUGUAUAUGUAUGUAUAUGAGGGUCUAAAUGAUUUUUGGUUCACUAUGGAUAUCACCUAUUCAUUGCCGUUGAUAUAUUAUAAAAUAUUAAGUGUUGCCUAUUUUAUAAUAUAUCAACGAAUAUUGAAAGUUGAUGCAUUUUGAAUCAAAAUUCAUUUGCAUCAUACUCUAUGUCACCUUACUUUCCUGUAAUGUAU